AUGUCGGUCGUCUCUGUUCUAGCCUUCACCGAAGAGAACUCUGCCCUUGCGGCUGUUCUCCCCCUUGAUACACUCGUACUCUUCAUCCGACUUGUCGCCCAUCUGAAAGAGCGAUUAUCUUGGAAUGUUUCAGCUUCUCUUCUAGAACCCCCAGCAUUGCUGCCACCUAAUAUCCUCCAGUUUCUCAGCCUUGCUCUUGACACUCAUCCCACAGUUCUGCAGGAGUGCUGGGCAGCCCUGCGCCAUCACAUAUGGCAUUCUCAUGUCCAUACACAAGGGUGGGGUUCAAGUGAUUUGCUGGAUAUUUUUCUCAGCCAUGGUACAGCCUUAGGAAUUGGCUUCUGUGAUAUGUUCCCACCUAUGCGGAGCUGUCUGGACUGCCAGGGCCAUGCAGCUACUGAGGUAUUUGACCUGACUCAGCUUGUCUGGACACAAGUCACUGUCUUCACAUGCUAUUGGGGUCCCAUUCCUUCAUGGUCACUGUCUGCAAAAUGUCGUGGCUGUCACACAAGAUACUACCCGACCUACUAUGUUCAAGACAACAAAACGAUUCGUACACACUACCUAGGAUUGCCUCAUGCGAUUCAUGUGGCUACACAUUCGUACAUUGAUCGCUCACUAUGUGAGAGGUUUAGAACCUCCAUGGUCUGCGCCUGGGUAUCUGCUACCAAUAAUGCCCGCAUCUACAAUGAGGAACAUGGGGAUGUGUCAUCUCGCUUUCCAUCUGGGUGGCCUACAACAGGUAGAAUGACCUGCCCAAUGGUCUGGGAUGCCUUCUUCAUCCAUUCCCUUCUUGAAGAAUACUCUCAGAUGCACAGACAUCUUGUCCUGGACAAUGAUCAGCGCCAGGCUACACGCUUGAGCAAUGCCAUACGCGAGCGCAAUAUAUCUGCCAUUGGAACAGGUCAAGAGGAGUGGAGCCACGCAUGCGACUUAUGCUGCGUUGUUGAGGUUCAGGAUAACAAAGCCUGUUUCUUGCGAGCUGCUGUCAUGGACGGUAUCUCAAUCGGACGACCAUGUUGCAGUGUCCACGACUGCAAGAAUCCAUUAUCAUCACAGCGAGCGCGGUUCUGUGGUGCCCACAAGUCCAUGAACGAUAUCUGUUGCGUUGUAGAUUGUAGCACCCCAUCGGAGAAGGGAUUCCAGACUUGCCAUGAACCGACCCACCGAGCUCUCGAGCACGUCGGAACAGAACAUCGCUCUGCAAUGUUCCAGCUACGGAAACGACUCGAGCAGUCGGAACGCGCACAAAUCGAAGAUGCCCUUGGCAACGAUGCAGGAGAAGUAGCUGCCGAUGAAGUCGUGGAGGUCGACAAGGACGGCGAAUGCGACGGCAAAGAUGAAGCUGGUAACCUGAAGCCGCGGGCACGAUUUGGCCGGCGCCGGACACACAACGAGCAGUUGUGCGUCGCUACUUGCGGUAUAAUUGUCGGCCGCGCGACUAUGUUUGGAUCCGAGGCACCAAAUGGAUGUCGGGAGUUUUUGCGCCAGGUUUACCCGACAACGACGUCUCUCCCCAAUUUUAUCUUCUUCGACAAUGCGUGCAAAUUGAAGAAGCAUAUUGAUGCUGUCGGUGACCACCAUUUCGAUGCAUGCGCACUUCCGGUGGAUGUCUUCCACAUGAAGUCCAACCACAAAGGAUCGGACACGUACUGUGGCUUCUUCUGCAAUCCCGCUCGCUUUCCGGACCUCAUACAAGGAGGAAAGUGGCGUUUCAAUUCAUCCGCGGCGGAAAUGACAAACGCUUGGUUGGGUGGUUUCCAAGCGAUCGUGCGCGAGAUGCGCGAGGAUCGCUAUGACUUUUUCCUAGAUGAAAUGAUCAAGCAGCGGAACCGGAUGUUCAUCGCGGACUUGCGCAAUCGCGGUGCGCGUCCCUACCAUAUCCCUCGUACUGCACUAUUAGACUAG